AUGAGUUCUGACACGAGCGCGUGCACGGCCUACUCUGGCGCCCAAUGGGCGGGCACCCGGGCAGAGCAGUGGGGCCACUGUGAGAGCCGCUGGGCGGGCGCGGCAUACCAGCAGGGACAGCAGUGGGGCGCGGCCUGCGGGCAGCAGUGGCCCAGCUGCCAGCAGCCAUGGGCCUCUGUGGCACAGGCAUGGCCGCAGCACUGCUGGCAGCAGGGCCAAAGCCUUGCGAUGGGCGCGGGACGGGGUGGCUGUCAGAUGCUCAACCUGGACCAGUUUUCGGAUGCUUCCGACUCUGACGACGACGAGCCGCUGCCUCGUAAGAGCGAGUGCCCAUCGCCAGCGCCCCGCGCCGCCGAGCCGGCAGAGCCGGCGGCAGAGCCUUCGCCGAACCAGCGCGCGAGCGCAGAGGUCGUGCUGCCGCCGAGCAAGGUGCCUUGCACCCCCGGCGAGGCGGACAAAGCCUCCGACAGGAGCACCGACGACUCCGCCACGGACGCCGACGGCUCGGAGUCUGCCGAGCUCUGCUCCCUCAGCGCCGGCGAGCCAGAGCCCGAGGCGGCGGACGGGCCAGAGGUGGCCCUCUUGGAAGCAGCUCCCGAUGUGCCGCCGAUUCCACUCAGUGAGCUGCUGCGCCUGCGCCAGGCAGGAGGAGGCGAGUCGCCGCGCGGCACGAGCCACAUCUCUGGCACCCUCUUGGCCACGAGGCCCCCCGCCGGGACCGGCAAGCCCAGGACUUCGCCGAGAUCGCCGCCGCAGGAGCCUGCGCGCUUCGGCGCUGGCAGGAAGGGCGGCGGUGCAGGCCGCCGCUCGCGGCCGCAGCCGCAGCCAGCUGCGCAGGAGAGCGCAGGCUGGAGAGCGCAGCCGGCUGCGCCGGAGAGCCUGUCGGUCUCAGAGCAGUCGUGGGCCGCCAGGCAGCGGGCACGCCGCGGCGAGGUGCCGGAUGGCGAAGCCUCGGAGGUGGAGAGGAAGCUGAAGUCUAUCCUGAACAAGCUGACCCUCACCAACUUUGGCUCCCUCUGUCAGCAGCUGCUCGAUUGUGGUGUUUGGGCCGACACGCACCUGGAGCUGCUCAUCGGAGAGCUGUUCGAGAAGGCGACGACCCAGCACCACUUCAUCGACAUGUACGCGAAUCUCUGCGUGGUGCUCCACGACCACUUCACGACAAACCCGCCCGUGUGCGCCGACUCGCGCUUCAACUUCAAGCGACUUCUGCUUAACGCCUGCCAGGCGUCUUUCGAGCGGCACCUCGCACCCCCUGAGGGCCUCGACCAGCUCAGCGGCGAGGACCGGACAGAGGCCGAGGUCCGGUACAAGACGAUGAUGCUGGGCAACAUCCGCUUCGUCGGCGCCUUGCUCGUGCGGCAGAUCCUCGCGAGCAAGGUCCUGCUCGCCAUCAUCGCCGAGCUUCUGUCGAGCCCCACGCGCGAGGCUCUGGAGGCCCUGACCGCGCUCCUGGUGGUGGUGGGUCCGAGCUUCGACACAGACGAGUGGGCGCACAAGGACAAGCUCGAUGCCGUCUUCGUGGAGAUGGAGGCCAUCGCGGCGCGCCCCUCGUGCGAGAAGCGGUCGCGCUGCCUGCUGAAGGACGUACUGGACAUGCGCAAGCAGGGGUGGAAGGACCGCCGCCCCAAGCAGCUCGAGGCUCCCACGCCGAAAGAUGCCCCCAAGCGCGCCGCGGCGCCAGCACCGCGGCAGAGCAGCGCGCCGAUGGCACCUGCGCCCCGGCAGGCACAACGGCCGACGGUGCCCGUGAAGCUGGCGGCGCAGGGCUCCUCCGCGGAGUUCCGCGCGGAGCUGUCGAAGGCCCUGGUGGAACUGCGGUGCUCCGGCGACGGCCAGGAGGCCGCCGCCCGCAUCGCCUGUCAGCCACCGCCAGCAGCCACGAGCCAGCCAGAGGAGCUGUGCCACAUGCUGUCGCUCAUCUGCCAGGAGUCUCACAGUGUCCACCGCAAGGCGGGCUUCCGCGCGGCUGCAGGGCUAUUCCUCGACGGCCGCUGGCGCCCAGCCGCAGCCAGCCGUGGACUGCACGCCCUCGCGGGACUCUGUGAGGACCUCCAGCACGACGUACCCACUCUGCCGAGCAUCUUUCAGGAGGAGCUGCGACCCGCGUUCGUGCCACUGCUGUGGCGCGGGAUGCUAGAGGAGGGCGCGCUCGCCGCGCUGCCCGGCCGCUGA